ACGCAAACAGGGGUCAGCCAGAGCACCCGAUCGUGCAGGAUCCUGCAGGGCCAGGGUCGCAUGGACCCAGGCUUGGGUGCAGGAUCCUGCAGGAUUUUGCGGGAUCCCUCGCAUUGACCCGGGUUAGGGUGCAGGAUUUUGCAGGACCCUGCAGGAUUCUGCAAGGCCUGACUGACCCGGGUCUGGAUUGACCCGGGUCAGCAGGUCCCCGACCUUCGGCGCGCAGCUCGGAUAUCACGCUUGGUUGAUAGGAGGUGAUCUGAUAUUUGAAGGGGUGUGCACGUAGGUUGCAGGAGAGGAGAAAUACGAUGAGCGGGAGGUGUUGGAGGCUCGAGGAUCUCUGCGAUUUUGCGACAGCUGCGACGCUCCUGGACGUUGAUUGCGGCGUCCUCGCGAUCGACGGGUCGCUAGCCCUGAGCGAGGCGAACCUGGGUGUCGCAUGUACGGCCGUGAAGGCCGAUCAGAAUUCAAGCACGGUUCUCGAGGCGGGGAAGCCUCCCACUGAUGAUGAUGAUGAUGAUGAUGAUGAUGAUGAUGAUUGUCAUGAUCUAUCGAAGUGGUGCUUGCCAGACGUAUACUAGACUGAAGGUGAACAAAUGUUGUAAGUGGUGCAGCUGCCCGUUGCCGAGUCUCCGCCAUCUUUUUCAAGAGUGUCCGCAUUUUGAGGCCAAGAGGCGGGAUUUGGCACGUGAGCUGGAGCUGGACAGCACGUUCUGGGCCUCAGUGCCCCGAGUUACGAGCAAGAGUGGUUGGGUAUGUUACUCAGCAUCGCCAAGCUUUGAGGAGAGAUCCUGGAUGCUGGUCGCCACGGUACGCCUGGGCGCCUUCAUUGCCCGGGAGAAUUUCACGCCGACCGAGCGAGUCACAUCGAUUCGCUAGCGGUCUUCCUGAGGGCCGAGUACCUUGUCAUGCUAGUCCUUGCACUACCUUUCUUUUGAAUGCGUCGCGUGCCCGUGACGUGUUCCAUGACCCCUGCAAUUCUGGACGCGUCCCGUAAAGCUCUCUAGACCACCUAAGCCCAGAGGGCUGGUGGGAUUCCUGCAUCGGGGCCCCAUCCCUCAUCACAGCCUGCCUCUCCAGACCGCGUG